CAGCGGUGGGUGCUGUCCUGUCCCGGCAGGCUGUGCGCGGUGCGGCUGGGGGCUCUGUCGGUAAGAUGGCGGCCGUGAGUCUGAGGCUCGGAGACCUGGUGUGGGGGAAGCUGGGACGGUACCCUCCAUGGCCAGGAAAGAUUGUUAAUCCACCUAAAGAUCUGAAGAAACCUCGUGGAAAAAAGUGCUUCUUUGUGAAGUUUUUUGGAACAGAAGAUCAUGCUUGGAUCAAAGUGGAGCAGCUGAAGCCUUAUCACCCUCACAAAGAGGAAAUGAUAAAGAUUAAUAAGGGUAAGCGCUUCCAGCAAGCUGUGGAUGCUGUAGAGGAGUUUCUUAGAAAAACCAAAGGCAAGGACCAGGCGUCUUCCCAUAACUCCAGCGAAGAGAAGAAUCGUCGUAAUUCCAGCGAAGAAAGAGGCAAGCAGUCUGCUGGCGAAGAGAAACGCAAGGCCAGUUUGUCUGAAGGGAAGUUGAAGAAGGGCACAGGGGAAGGAAAAAAGAGGGUCUCUUCUGUUUCAUCAGAGAGAGGAUCAAAGUCACCUUUGAAAAGAGCCCAGGAUCAGAGCCCCCGAAAGCGGGGGCGUCCGCCCAAGGACGAGAAGGACCUCACCAUUCCAGAGUCAAGUACAGUGAAGAGGGUGAUGACUGGGACAGUGGCCGGAUUUAAAUGGCCACCAAGCGUCAGUGAGCCUGUGAAGGACAGUGAUCCACAUUUUCAUCACUUCCUGCUGAGCCAGACAGAGAAGCCAACUGUCUGCUAUCAAGCCAUCACAAAGAAGCUGAAGGUUUGUGAAGAGGAAACAGGAUCCACCUCCAUCCAGGCAGCAGACAGCACAGCAGUCAAUGGCAGCAUCACACCUACAGACAAAAAGAUAGGAUUUCUUGGGCUUGGCUUGAUGGGAAGUGGCAUUGUCUCCAACUUACUAAAGAUGGGUCACACUGUCACUGUCUGGAACCGGACCGCCGAGAAGUGUGAUUUGUUCAUCCAGGAGGGGGCACGGCUGGGAAGAACCCCCGCUGAAGUUGUCUCCACCUGUGACAUCACCUUUGCCUGUGUAUCAGAUCCAAAAGCAGCAAAGGAUCUGGUACUUGGUCCGAGUGGGGUGUUGCAAGGGAUUCGCCCAGGGAAGUGUUACGUGGACAUGUCCACCGUGGAUGCAGAUACAGUGACAGAGCUGGCCCAGGUGAUAGUGUCGCGGGGUGGUCGCUUUUUGGAAGCCCCAGUCUCAGGAAAUCAGCAGCUGUCCAACGAUGGGAUGCUUGUGAUCCUGGCAGCUGGUGACAGGGGUUUAUAUGAGGACUGCAGUAGCUGUUUCCAAGCGAUGGGGAAAACCUCUUUUUUUCUAGGUGAAGUAGGCAAUGCCGCCAAGAUGAUGCUGAUUGUGAACAUGGUCCAAGGCAGUUUCAUGGCAACGAUAGCAGAAGGACUGACUUUGGCUCAAGUGACUGGCCAGUCCCAACAGACCCUUCUGGAUAUCCUCAAUCAGGGACAACUUGCCAGCAUCUUCCUGGACCAGAAGUGCCAAAAUAUCUUGCAAGGAAACUUUAAACCUGAUUUCUACCUGAAAUACAUACAGAAGGAUCUUAGAUUAGCUAUUGCACUGGGCGAUUCUGUCAACCACCCAACUCCCAUGGCAGCUGCUGCCAACGAGGUCUAUAAAAGAGCAAAGGCAUUGGACCAAUCAGACAACGACAUGUCUGCAGUGUACAGGGCCUACAUCCACUAGGCUGCACCGUUCUUACUGUUAAUACUAUGAUUAUUGAUUAAUAUUAUUAUGAUACUGGGUUUUAACUCUGGACCAGUCCAUCUCUGUCUCUCCAUUUCCUUUUAUAAACAGACUUUGAGACCUGCCAUGGAGGCAGCUGCUGUGGUGAGCCUUCCCCUGGUGGCAGAAGGUUGGGAGGAGGGGGCUCGGAUUGCUGCAGUCUAAUUAGAAAAAUCCAUGCCAUGCACUGACAGUCAUGGAACAGAACAGUGGCGGCUUGUUCAGAAGCUCUGAGGCAACUCUGCCAGCAAUCUGCUGCUUGGCUGCUUUUAUUUUCCUCUUUGUAUGCUUGUCCAAGAUGCUGUUUCUAAUGAUCCCUUUUCUCCUUUGCUGUGAAAUAACGCGUGUGUUGGACCCUCUGCGUUACGGAGGCAGGUGACAUACAUCCCAUCUACCUGUGAAUAUCAUUAAAGUCCUUGGUCCCAAGUAAGGUGAGGAGCAUUCCUGUUAAUCGACCACUGUUAGAGAACAAAGCACCUCCCAUGGAGGAGAAUGGCAGUUCCAGAAGGUAAUGGGGUUGUAUGCAGCACUGUCUUGAUUCUGUUUCUUUUUAAACUUCCACUUUCCCAGCACCUUGCUAGAGGAGUUCCUUGUACUGUUAAGAACAGAUUGCAUCCAUGUCUUCCCCUGUACAGACAGCUGUAGCUUAGGGAACAUAAGCAUACUGAAAAUGGGAGGAUGCCAGUGUAAAUGAGCCUCCUAAAAGGCUAGUCACAUCUGCCCAGGCCACAAACAGCACUGGAGGCCAGCAUGUUUGCAUAGAAAAAUGCAAGAGAAAAGCAACGUAAAACUGGGUCAGAGAUACUUUAUUUGGGGAAGGAGCAAACCCUAUGGUUGCUCCUGGCCAUAGCCUGUGUUGCUUUACUUCUAGGUUGGGUUGGUGAUGGGAUGGCUGUUAACCCUUUGUAUAAAGAGUUACAAAGGUUGUGCACAGGCAGAGCGAUGAGUCUGAAAGAGGCAAGAAGAGUGAUUGUAGAGCCAAGAGACUGAGAACCCUGAGCUGCUUUCCACAUGCGCUCUCUGGCCUUUACAUGGUCAUCAUAGGACUUAGCCUGUUUGCCCAUCUCUAAAGGUGGGUGAUGAAUACCUACCUCACAGGGAUAUUUUUGUGUGCUGAGUACUAAUCUUCAUGCAUGUCAGAUUUUGGUGUUACUACUCUGGGUGCAGCACUAGCACAGGAUUAGACUUUUCCCUGUACCUGCAACUCUGCUGGUAACCAGAUACAAAGUCCUAGAGAGAGCAGUAAAGUGGGAGGCUAAGACCACUGCUGAGCUUUAAUCUGGAAUUGUGGAACUUCAGCUGUAGGUACAAAGGUUAGAGAGCAGAGGUGCUCUCUAGUAUUGAUAGCAGAACAACCCAGAGUCCAAAGGAUGCAAACAGAGUAUGUUUGGUUGUUUUGUUGGGGUUUUGGUUAAAUUGUUCUCAGUAUUGACCUUUUAGGAAGGUUUUUGUGUUUUAGAUUUGGGAGUUAGUAAAAUGCCAGUAAGAAACUUAAUUGGUUAAAAUCACUUCUCAGUGGUGCAAUCCUCUCUAUUAGGUUGGGAUUCUGAAAGGAAAGAAAACAAAUUCAAAUUGAACCAUGUUCUUUUAAAUCCCUGAGUUCUGUGCUUCCCAUCAUCUUAUUUUUCUAGGAACCUAAUGUCUGUAGAGAAAUGUUUCUGUGAGUUAGGUUUUCUUGCCCAUAUUGCUUUGUGCAGCAUGAGCUGCUUUGUUCAGGGGCAUCUUACUAAGAACUAGAGGAAGUAGCAGACACUCAUUGCAAACCGUGGCACCUAAGGCCUUCAGUGUUACUUGGUUGGAUAUUUCACCUCACAUGAUUGCUGAUACUGUGUUAAAUGUUCUGUCCUGUGGACAACAUCUCUUAGAUGUGUUGGUCAUCGCUUGGCCCUUGAUCAGUGGAGUAUGUGAACAAUACUAGUUACACAUAACAACGUCUCUUGGCAGUGCAACUGUCAUCCUGUAUGCAGAUGCUUUUAUUAAAGGCACGUGUAACUGCUCAAGGUAACCAACCAUUAGCCUGUUUCUGACACACUUGUGCUUCUUCCAUCCAGAAGGCCCUGGUUAACUCAGCUCUUAGUGCUCAGAAGGCCCUGAUUAAACACAAUGGAGUUAAGAAAUCACUCAUGUCGAUGGUGUAUUGAUGGGAUCUGAGGGAAAUUGUGUUGGGGAGGUAGGAAAUAGGACCACAGAUUUAACAGUGUUAAGAAAUCUUUUGGGAGGAAGGGACAGGUACUCUCAGAUCCAGCUGAGAGUGGAACUGUGCUAAGUUGUCCUUAACCUUUGCCUGUGGAGGUCUCAUUGGUCAAGGCAAAAGUAGUGGAGGAUCUCCCUCUUCUUCUACUUUGUGGUGCCUCUGAACAGAGUGAGAACACAAAAGGGGGUCUUAAGUCCUGCAAUGUGCAUUUCAUGGUGAAUUAAAAGCAUAUUUGUGAAAGGGAGAGCCACUCCUUGGGCAACUCACUGCUGCAGAUUUUGUUUUCCAGAAAUACUGUAGUUUUCACAAUGGAGAUGUUUAUUUAUGUGGAAUGGCAGGUGCAGACUAGUUGAACACUGUAAUUUAUUCUGGGAAGGUGUGACUGCAGCUUUCUGGAGGAGCAGGUGGCUGUUGAGUGUUUGGAGGGUGUGGUGCUGCCCAGCCAGCUGUACUGGCACAGAUACUUCAGAGAGGAGCAGAAGGAGACCAAGAGCUCUGAAGUGGAUGUGAAGUGAGGAGGAGGGAUGGAAAUGGUGCAAACCAGACUUUCAGAUGCCAUGUGAGAUUGGCUCGUGUCAGUCUUGCUUGGGAUUGUUGUAUUUAUGUCUGUAGCAUCUGAAGAUGGGUCUUAAUCUGUUCCUUGGCCUCAGAUUUGGAGGGAAGGAAAGGGGGGAAGCUGUAGAUUGAGAGAUGCUCUAAUAAAACUGGCUAGUCAGUGUCGUCUUAAUAUUGUUGACAAUUCUGUAAAGUUCCUUUUUAUGAGGAUUUCUGUUUUAGCAAUUUGCCUUUUUUUGGCUCCCUCCUUUUUAAAGAGAAAAAUGUGACACUUGUGCAAAGCUUGUAAGAAAAGCAGUUUCUUUUUUCCUCAACGAUAGAUCCUAUCUAGUUAAUUAAGGUUGUGAAUUUUAUUUUGCCUUGUUUUUAAUUAACGUCAUUCAGAAUAGGAUGUGUGAAAAAUGUUUAAAUGGCAAAACAAAGAUUAUUUUUUUUUGGUGCAAUUAACAAAGCUACUGGCAAAGAAAAGAAUAAAACCUUUCUUGGUAACACAA